AACAAAUGGAUAACUAACUGCGUUCUUUAGUUUAUGUUUAGCAAGAUUUUUAAUGUUUCACUGCUUUUAAUGAAAAGACUACACAUUCUUUAGUUUAAUCAUUUAGCUACCUUAUUUUAGGAUUGUUUCAUCUACUAUAUAUAUUCAUCCAUCAUUAAUAUACAUUCUAAGAAUUAUUUAACUCUCAUUUCUGCAUGCAUGUCUGUCAAUUGAAAGUCCUUAAAUUCCUUCACUGCUUUAGGUUAAACAGUUUUUAGAUAUUAAAGGCAAGAAUUUAUAAAAAUGGCUGCUGUUGAUGACUGUCUACAUCAGAAUAUAUUUCAAAAAGAAAAUUCUACAAACAAAGAAAGAUACAGAUUAUUGGAGCUUUAUUGUGGAAUUGGUGGUAUGAGAUUUGCUUUGAAUGCAGCUGGAAUCCCCUAUGAAAUUGUUGCUGCCAUUGAUAUUAAUCCUGUGGUCAAUGCUAUAUAUAAACAUAAUUUUGGUUCCCAAGGUCAUUAUCAAAAAAAUAUCUUGUCAUUCACUUCCAGUGAUAUAGAAAAUAUGAAAAUAGACAUCAUUACUAUGAGCCCUCCUUGUCAACCAUUUACCAGAGUUGGCUUGAAAAAAGAUAUAGAAGAUGAACGAAGCAAAUCUUUUUUGCAUAUUUUAACUAUUCUCAAUGAGCUUCAGAGGAAACCUUUUUAUAUUUUGCUGGAAAACGUGAUGGGUUUUGAGAAAUCUGAAGCAAGAAAUGCCCUAAUUCAAACGAUGGAAAUCUCAGGGUACAGAUAUCAGGAAUUUCUUUUAACUCCCCAGGACUUUUAUAUUCCAAAUUCUCGUCUUCGCUAUUAUUUAAUUGCUAAAUUGAGAGAAGAACGGUUUUCUUUCAUUGAAUCUCAACAGCUUUUACGGGAAAUGCCUAACAGCAGCAGUUAUAGAUUUGAAUGUCCAGAGUGGUGCCACAAUAAAUUAACUAUAUAUCCCUUAAAAUAUUUUUUGGAGAAGGAAAGUGGAAAUCUUGAACUGUAUCUUAUACCUGACCAUGUUCUUUUAAAGUACUGGUCCGUGUUCGAUAUUGUGGAUGAAAAUAAUUGCAAUUCGUGCUGUUUUACGAAAGCAUAUCAUCGUUAUGCCCGAGGAACUGGAUCAGUUCUUUUAUCAAUUGAGCCUUCUGAGGGUUAUAGAAUUCUUCAACUUGCUUCAGAAUCUGAAGAUACAAAAGAGCGACUAACUUUGCUAAAACAACUUGGACUUCGCUACUUUACUCCAAAAGAAGUUGCUAAUAUUAUGCUUUAUCCCGACAAUUUUAGUUUCCCUUCUGAUAUUAGUGUGAAGCAAAUGUACAAGUCUUUAGGAAACAGUAUAAAUGUUUAUGUUGUUUCAUGUUUGAUGAAAUUAUUAUUUCAAAAACGAGAUUAAAAAUUUGUUUUUAGAAUAUUUUUGAUUUCAUUCUGUAAACAGUGUGAUUUUUCGAUUGAAAGAAUAUAUAUGGCCAUUUAAAAAAUAAUUUUUGUGCAUUGAGAGUAUAAUCCAUUAUCUGAUUUGAAAUAUAAUGCUAAGUUUUAUUUAAUUUUAGAAAUUUAUAUACCAUUUCCGGGCAGAUAUUAUGUGUUUAACGUAUUCUGUUUUUUUGGAGAGUAUCCCCAAAAGUGACAAAAGUGUUUAUUUCCAUAAUUAUUGCACCUAGACAUAUAUUUCCAAUUACAGAGUUUUAUUAAAUAAAGAUGGGCAAUUGUAUGAAAACACUUUGACUUCUGUGGAAGUUGUUAGUAAGAAGUUAAGAAAAUAAAAUUUUUAUGUGACCCUCUUUUUUCUGAAACUAUCAUUUAAUAAAAUAUUUACUAUCUGUCCAUUUUUCUGUAUAUAACUCUCUUAGACGCACAUUUUCAAAACUCAAAGUGCAUUUUGAGUUAAAGCACCAAGAAGUAUUAUUGAUGCAGUGCAAUAAAAACAAAUACAAAGCACAAUAAUUUUGUGUAUUGUAGCAGCAAAUAUUGCUAAGAAAUCAUUAAAAAUCAAGAAUUUAAAUGCUUUAAAGAAAUACGAUAGAUUAUGAGUCAUCUCUCUCUCUUUUUAAAUAUUGAUAAUGAGUUCAUAAGCAAUAUCAGGUGAUUUGCUGGUGAAAAAUAAUUAGUUAAGCAUUUCGAUUAAGUCAACAGAGCAUAUCAAGACUAUCGUAUUCUGUUACUCUCUUCUAAGUAUGGGUAAACCAGAGUAAUAAACACUUCUUAUUAAAAUGGUAAUUGAACUAGUUUUGAAACUCUAAGGAUUUUGAUGCUCGCAUUUUACAGAAUUUUGUCUUUUCAUGCUCAUUGCAAGACCUAAUUAUGAUUUAUGAUGAUUGUUGUAUUCUAAGCAGCAAAGAUAAGCAACUGUAACAUUGUAAUGACGUUGAAUCCAUCAACUUAUGCUUAGGUGGUAUUUAACAUUUCUGAAAUGAUGUUACCUGCACAGAAAUAUGUGUAGAUUUUUUAAAAAUAUGCUGCUCAAGCAUUUGUCUUAUUUAUGAAUAUAUUAACUAAUUCCAUAUUUUUAAAAUUAAUUUAAUUCUUUAGCAGAAAAUUUUAAGAAAUUAUGAAGUUUUACAAAUGCCUGUUUGGAAUCUGGUUUUGUAUGUAGUAAACAUUUACACGAUCACAAACUACAGGGAAGGCUUCAUGAGUGGUUAGUAUGAAAAUGUAUUUUACAAAAAUGCAGAACAUCUGGAAUACAUUUUUUGACUAAUCUACAAGAAUUUUCUGCCUUAAACUUUCAUUCACAUUAGGUAUUAAUGUUUGAUUUAAAGUAUGAUUUCUCUCAAGUAACAUUUUAUUGAUGUAUUAAAUUUUAAUUGUUAUAUUUUGGUUUUAAACAAAAGUUUUUAUAUAUAUUUUUUUAUUUUUUGG